ACGAAUCGGACUGUCUCUGUAUCACCAUCAGUAAUCGAUUCCAUCCUAUGCCUACACAAUGCAUCUGACAAUUUUGAAGCUUUGUGCUCUUGAAGCCGGUCACCAUGAGGCCGUGCCCGCCGUGGCCUAAACCCAGCCCCCAUUCGCCGUGCCGUGCAUCCCCUCCCCUCCCAAACCGGCGAACCCAACCCUCUUCCCCGCCCCCCGUUGUGAAUUACUUGUUCCGUAAACUCCAAAGUACCUGGACUAUGAAUGAAAGCUUGGAUAUCACAACGCAUCGACACCUGCUAGUAUCAUAGGAUGGCCGAGUAGCUGAAUUGACUUGACUUCCGUAGCAUAUUUACCUGCAACCUGCUAACCAUGGAGCCGCUCGGUUUUGAUGGCGAGGUCGCUGACUUUGGCGUCUGGGAUGUCCCGUUUUCGGGCGGCGGAGCAUUCGAUUAUCCCGCAGCACCAAAGCGGCUUGUUUCAGCACAACCUGAAAAGAAAAAGAAAUCAAACAAGCACCUGUCGCAGCACCAUUUCGAGGACAUUCUCGAUAAGCCCGUCAAGCUCGGCGCAGACCUGCUCAAGCAGCUGCAUGAUAAGACUUCAGAAGUCCCUAAAAAGACAAAGCGUGCAGUGGAAGGCGAUGCGGAGUCCGGCAAACCCGCCGCCAAGGCAGCAGGUGCCGCCGCAGAGCUCCCUGGCACCUCCGGCGCCAAGCCCGCCGGCCGCGAGGCGCGUGGCAAGAAGCGCGCGGCGGAGGUUAGUCCUGAAGCGGCUCCCGCAGCUGCAGCUUCAGCAGCUGUACCUGCGGAGCCCACGAGAGCCGCCAAGGCGCCUGCGAAGGCGCCGUCGCAGGCGCUGCCGGGGCCGCCCAACACGGAUGGCGACGCCGCUGCUGCCGCCACAGCUGCCGUUGCUGGUGGCGCCUCCGGCGAGGCACCUGGACAGGCGAAAGAGGGAAAGAAGCACAGCAAGAACAAGUUCAAGCAGCACCAGGACGGGCAGCAGCAGCAGCAGCAGCAGCAGCCAAACAUCAAGCCGCCGGCCGCCGCAGCUGCUACCAACGGUAAAGCUGCACAAGCUGUGAGCAAGCCGGGCAAGGGCGAGGCAGCCAUGACGCCCGUGGUGGCGCCUCCGGACAAGGCUGAGGUGGCAGCGAGCAAGGGCGGGGCGGGCAAAAUGGCUCCGGGAGCUGCAAAGGAGGCCGAAGCUGCGCCGGCGGAGGUGGCGCAGCCGUCACACAAGAAGCAGAAGCGCCAGCAGCAGCUGGCCACUGAAGAGGGCGAUGGAGAGCCUACAGAGGCGAAGAAGGCAGGGGUUGCAAGUGCCAAGAAGGUGACGCCGGCGCCGACGUUGACACCGCAGCAGCAGCAGCCGCAGGUGCAAAAUGCGGGCAAGGAGGGAAAGGUAAAGGAGCAGCAGAAGGAGCAGGCGGAGCACACUGCGGCAGCAGCGGCGGCAGCGGCGGCAGCAGCAGCGGCUGCAGAGGCAGAGGCAGCGGCUAGUAGGAAGGCCGCAGCGGCGGCAGCUGCUGCGGCAGCGGCAGCGGAGGCGGCCGAGGCAGCUGCUAGGAAGAAAGCAGCUGCUGCAGCAGCUGCGGCGGCGGCAGCGGCACAGGCGGAGGUGGCUGCUGACAAGAAGGCAGCGGCGGCGGCGGCGGCUGCAGCAGCGGAGGCGGAGGCGGCUGCUAGAAAGAAGGCAGCGGUGGCUAAGAAGGCUGUGGGCAAGGUGGUAGAUGGGCCCAAGGGGCAGGCAGCUGCCGCCGCGGCGACGGCGGCUGAGGGAGGUGAGGAUGAGGUCGUGGCUCCUCCAGCGGCCAAGAAGGCCCGGACCAAGGAGCCGGCGGCGCCCCAGGAGCAGGGGCAGGGGCAGGCGGCAGCCGCGGGGAGCAAGCAGGGCAAGCAGCAGCAACAGCUGCCACAGCAGCGGCCACAGCCAAAGGGCACGGAGCGUGGUGCGCAGGAGCACGAGGGUGCCGAGCGGCCGCAGGCCAAGAAGCAGGUCAAGGAGGGCAAUCCGGCGCCCAAGUCCCAGCAGCAACAGCAGCAGCCAGCGGCCGCAGCUGCGAAACCAGCAGUAGCAGCUGUAGCAGGACAGGACGGGAAGAAGGGCGGGAAGGUUCCUAAGGCCGCCCCAGCCGCGGCUCCAGUCACUACAUCCGCGCCGCCUGGUGCGCCGCCGGCGCUCGCCAGGCCCGCACAUGCCACCACCGCCGCCAGCCUGGCGGCGGCACUUGGCGGCAAGGCGGCGGCGCCGGCCGCUGCCGGCCACAAGCUGACACACGCCGAGGCGCUGGCGGCGGCGCGCGCGAAGCAGCAGGCCGCCGCUGCGGCGGCGGCGGCCAACGGACCGGCGGUGCCAGCUGAUGACAGCGACGACGACGAUGCCGGCGGCGCCGCCGGGGCCGUUGUUGGGCUGCGACGGCCGCUGGGUGGCGCCGCCGCAGGCGCCGCGGGUAAGGGCAGGAAGGCGGCGGCGGCGGCUGCCGGCGGCGGCUUCCUGGACAAGCUGCGGGCGCGGCUGGCGGGCGGGCGGUUCCGGUACCUCAAUGAGGAGCUGUACACACAGAGCGGCGACAACGCCUUCGCCAUGAUGCAGGCCCAGCCGGAGCUGUUCAGCCAGUACCACGAGGGCUUCCAAAAGCAGACUAAGGGCUGGCCCAAGCAGCCCGUGGACGUAGCCAUUGCCUGGCUGAGGGCCAAGAAGAACGAGGUCAAGGUGGCAGCGGACUUUGGGUGCGGGGACGCCAAGAUCGCAGCCAGCGUGCCGCAGGAGGUGCACUCGUUUGACCUGAUUGCCUCCGCUCCGGGUGUGGUGGCGUGCAACAUGUCGGCGGUGCCGCUGCCGGACGCCGCCGUGGACGCGGCCGUGUUCAGCCUGGCGCUCAUGGGCACAGACUACGGCGCGUUCCUGGAGGAGGCGGUGCGCGUGCUCAAGCCCAAGGGCUACCUGUGGAUUGCCGAGGUGCGCAGCCGCUUCGCGCCCCAGGGCGACGGCGACGACGACGACGAGCAGGCGGGCAGCGGCAGCGACGACGAGGCGGGCGCCGGCGGCGGCGGUGGGCGCGGGCGCGGCGGCGCGGGUGGUGGCUCGGAAGACUUCCGGCCCUUCUUGGCGUGCCUGAAGCAGCUGGGGCUGAAGCUGCUGAGCGAGGACGCUCACAACAAGAUGUUUGUGGUGUGGGUGCUGCAGAAGAAGCCCGAGGGCGAGGGCGGCAGGGGCAAGGCGGGCGCAAAGAAGGGUGGAAUCCCCUGGCCGCCGCUGAAGGCGUGCAUGUACAAGAAGCGGUAGCUUGGUUCUGGUGAAGUUGUGCUUGCGGAGAGGUGCCUGGUGGAUGGAUUAAGGCGAGAGCUCGAGAGUGUGUGAUGAGGUUAGGGAGCGAAUUGCUGUGGGAGUCCGAGAGACCGAGACCCGCGGCAUUCUUGAACAUGCGGACAUGCCGACGACCGAGGAAUGCCGGUUUGGGAGCUGGUCAGCUGGCGGCUGCUUGACUGUGAUCCCACCACCUGAAGCC